CGCCCUACUCCUCAGUGCUGUGCAUAAAACAAAAGCAUUUGCAAAUCGUCGACGAGGCGUGCAGAGUAGCACGAGGGUCGUUUAACAGCGGGCAUGGGGUAAGCCUCUGCCACUUGUCGCAGUUCACCCCCAAGUGGCAUUUAAAUAUAUACUUGGCCGGAGGCGGCGGCCACGUUUUUAAGGUCGCUUUGCUUUUAGGAGUAAACGAAGGGGGAGGGAGCUGCAUGCUAGCACAAACUUUUAAGGACGAGAACUGUACACACUUUUUAGCUGCGCCAGGAGCACAUGUCGCCGUGCUGCAGACGACGCACGCUGGCACCUCGCGCGGCUGUACUUUUAAGAGCCUGGAUAAUUGCGUCCUCGUUGCGUCGGGGGCGAGCAGUGACUUGUCAAACUUGUUACAUCCAUUAAAUAAACUGACACGACCCCAGUACCCCUUACGCCUCUGCAGAAUUUGAUCAGAACACUGCUGUACUUCUUGGGCGACAAUGGAGCAGGAAAACCUGCAAUCGACUGAGAAAGCUGGGCACCCUCUCAAGCUGGAGAAGAGGUUUCGUCUCUGGUACAUGGGUUGGUCAUCCCUUGACAGCAGGGUCACCAUGCCCAUGUUGCCCUGGCUCAUGGCAGAGAUUCGCCGAAGGAGUGAGAAGAGUGAAGCAGGCGCAACCCAGCAGAGAGAAGUACUGCUGUCUCUCACGCCACCUCUCGUUCGCUGCGUCCCCGCCGCCAACAACAGCAGCUCGUCCGUAUUCAUCUUUGAGCACAAGGCGCACAACAUUUUCAAAUUCAUCCGCAACAGCCAUGACCUCAUCCACUUCGCUUAUCUCAUCCGGACCCAACCGGACAAUCCUGAGUCGGAGAUGGCAUGUCAUGUGUUCAAGGCGUGCGACCCAGAACAGGUUUCUGAAGUUAUCAGUAGUAUUCGACAAAUUUCAAAGGCUGCCCUUAAAGAGAAUUCCAAGCCAAAGGAGGAAAGUGGGGACGCCUUCUAUAACUCCCAGAAGUUUGAAGUCCUGUUCUGUGGCAAGGUGACAGUUUCACACAAGAAUGGUCCAUCCACUCUAAUUGAUGACUGUAUUGACAAGUUCAGGCAAUAUGAAGUGGAAAGUAAACAGAUGAAACUGCUAAACAAGCAGAAAGGAUCAACUGAGUCUCAUGUGAAUUUUCUCAUUGGUGAUGUGGAUCCACUCAACUCACAGGAUGAUGGUAGUUUGGAUGUGCAAGAGGGUGAUAUUGUUAGUGGAAGCCCCUCUGGAACACUUCCCUCUAACACCAGCCAGACUAGUUUGUUUGGCUCUCUUGGUGCCUUCCCUGAAUGUAUUCUUGAAGACUCUGGGUUUGAUGAUCAGCAGGAGUUCAGAACCAGGUGUAACAGUACAGCUGCUGUCAUGCAAAAGAAAGUGUCAGACAAUAAUUUAAAAGGAGGAGUCCGCAGACGACAUGCCAGCGCUCCAAGUCAUGUGCAGCCUUCUGAUUCAGAUAAGAACAGAACAAUGCUCUUUCAAGUGGGAAGAUUUGAAAUAAACCUCAUUAGUCCAGACACGAAAACAGCAGUACUUGAGAAGAAUUUUAAAGAUAUUUCUUCAUGUUCUCAGGGUAUUAAAGAAGUUGAUCACUUUGGAUUCAUUUGCCGUGAUGCUUCUGAAAAUGGAACCAGUCAAUAUGUGUGUUACGUAUUUCAAUGUGCAAAUGAAAUUUUGGUUAAUGAAGUUAUGAUGACUCUGAAGCAAGCUUUUAGCACUGCUACUGCCCUUCAGAAUGCAAAAACUCAGAUAAAACUGUGUGAAGACUGUCCAAUGCACCUUCUUCACAAACUCUGUGAGCGGAUUGAAGGUCUCUAUCCACCUAGGGCUAAGCUUGUUAUACAGAGACAUCUAUCAAUUUUGAAUGAUAAAGAGCAAGCAGACAUAUUUGAACGUGUGCAGAAAAUGAAAGCAAGUAGUGAUCAAGAGGAGAAUGAGCUGGUAAUACUACACCUACGGCAGUUAUGCGAAGCCAAGCAAAAGACCCAUGUACACAUUGGAGAAGCCCCUCUGAAUGCAUCAAACACUGCAGUCCCUGAAAAUGUUGGGAGUAUUGGCAGGUUUAAACUGGACAUCCUGAAAAAUAAGGCUAAGAAGUCCUUGACCAGCUCCUUGGAAAAUAUCUUUUCAAGGGGAGCCAACAGAAUGCGAAGUCGUCUUGGAAGCAUGGACAGCUUUGAGAGAUCCAGUAGUCUAGCAUCUGAAAAGGACGGAUCACCUGGAGAAUCUCCACCUGCCACUCCACCAGCCUCACCUGUAUCUUCACUUGGACAACCAUUUCCAGAAGAAGAACUUGACUCACCACACUUUAGAAGAAGAGCUCACACCUUUAGCCACCCUCCCUCAAGCAAAAAAAGGAUUUCUUUUCCAGACUCCAAAGCUCAAAACACCCGGUCACCUCUCCACAGACAGUACUCUGUAGCUCCAGAACUUUUACAAAGCAGUCCCUCUGAAUUCUCAAGACGCACUCGCAGUGUAUCUGAGAGCGACUCUUCCUCCAUAGGCCGCCCCUCAUCCAUCUCCACUCCCACUUUCCUGAAAAAUAUUUACCAGGGCUCCAGCCGCUCUCCCACACAGGCUGAUGGUCGGACCCUCAAGAGUAAUGUGGAAGAGAGGAAGAGAAGUCUUUCUGGCUGCAGUGGUGACUCUGUAAAUAUAGGGAGUGCUCCUCUAACCCCUCGUAGAGUUUCUUGGAGGCAGAAAAUAUUUCUGAGGGUGGCCUCACCUAUGAACAAAUCAUCGGCAGCUAUGCAAAGGAAAGACUCUUUUGAUGGUAAUGAACUGUUACCUCUGUCUCCUGUGGCUCAUGCUCUGGAAGAAGACCCACUAUUAUCUCUUUUACCCACAAAUGUUAGUUCUGAUGGUCAGGCCAGAAAGAGGACCUCAGAAGAGUUACGUGACCUCUGGAGAAAAGCUAUACACCAGCAGAUUCUGCUUCUCCGCAUGGAAAAGGAAAACCAGAGGCUGGAAGCGAGUAGGGAUGAACUACAGAGCAGGAAAAUUAAGCUUGAUUAUGAGGAAGUUGGUCAGUGUCCAACGGAAGUGCUUGCAAUAUGGGAGAAAAAGCUGAGCAUACCUAGUCGUUCAAAGGUUCGGUUUGAUAUGGAGGAAAUCUACUCUGUUCUUAGUCAAGGUGUUCCAAAGAAUCGUCGUGGAGAGAUCUGGCAGUUUUUAGCUGCCCAGUACCGUUUAAGGCACAGGCUUCCAUGUAAACAGCAACCUCCAGAUAUAUCCUACAAGGACCUUUUAAAACAGCUUACUACACAACAGCAUGCCAUUCUUGUUGAUCUUGGACGGACAUUCCCCACCCACCAGUAUUUCUCUACCCAACUUGGAGCUGGGCAGCUCUCUCUUUUUAACCUCUUGAAGGCCUACUCUCUGUUGGACAAAGAGGUGGGCUAUUGCCAAGGGAUUAGCUUUGUGGCUGGAGUUCUCCUUCUACAUAUGAGUGAACAUCAAGCUUUUGAAAUGCUUAAAUUCCUUAUGUAUGACCUGGGCUUCCGUAAACAGUAUAAGCCUGAUAUGAUAUCACUACAGAUUCAGAUGUAUCAGCUAUCUAGGCUCCUCCAUGACUACCACAGAGAUCUCUAUGAUCAUCUGGAAGGGAAUGAUAUUACUCCUAGUCUCUAUGCUGCUCCCUGGUUUCUAACACUCUUUGCUUCACAAUUUCCACUCAACUUUGUAGCAAGGGCUUUUGAUAUUAUAUUUUUGCAAGGUACAGAAGUCAUCCUUAAAAUUGCACUCAGUCUGCUGAGCAGUCACGAAUCUCGUAUUAUGGAGUGUGAUGGUUUUGAGUCCAUUGUGGAUUUCAUGAAGAACACUAUCCCAAAUCUGACAGUUACCCACAUGGAAAAGAUUGUUGCUCAGGUGUUUGAAAUGGAUAUUUCUAAACAGCUUCAUGCAUAUGAAGUUGAAUAUCAUGUUUUGCAUGAAGAAAUGCUGGAUUCCUCUUUACCAUAUGACAGCAUUGACCGUUUAGACAAACUUGAAAGAACAAAUAACCAGCUUAAGAGGCAGAACAUGGACCUUCUGGAAAAUUUACAGGCUGCUCGUGCUAAAAUUCAAAGUCUUGAAGCUAGCCUGGAUGGCAUUCUUUCCCGGGAGAGUAAAAUGAAGCAAUUAAUACGCUCACUGGAACAGGAAAAGGCAACAUAUCAGAAAACAAUUGAACGGAUGCGAAGCUAUUUACCUGCAGAAGCUCUGUCUGACAUUGAAUUGACAGAAUUUACUUUCAGUUCAAACAGUAAAGGAAAAUUAGGAAAUAAAAAGCCAUGAAGAUGUCUUUUUGCCUAGUAUGUGACCUGCUUAUCACUUGUGUUUAAAAAUUUCCAUUAUGUGAUUUCCACAGGUUUAUCAACUAGGAACACUGUUACCCAGAUACGGUACAGAAUCUCCCACCACAGCUGUGCAACCUGGGAAUGGUUAUUAAAGUGUUAGACUAAAUUAUGUUCUUCCUUUGUGUAUUUGUUUUUUUGGGGGAAAAACAGUAAUCUGCACGUACAGUCUACACUUGUUUGUCAAGAUAAAAUUUGCAGAAAAAAAUUAAGUUUCUAUAUAAUGUUGAAGUUGUGGUGUUAUGUGGGUUUUUUUAAUGAUGUUUGAUUCAUUAAAAAUUAUGGAAACAGUGCUAAAUUGAUGCAGACCAAAGUGUAUGUCUGUAGGUAUAGCCAUGGUCAUAAAUCUUUAACAUACAUUUCUUUAAAAUAUAUUUCCUUUUGUACCAAAAAUGAGCUUGGUUGUACCUAAAAACAAAAUAAACUGUGUUGAACACCUGCCUGGUCGGCCACUAGGGUGUACUGCUAGCUUUGAAAAUGAAGGCAUCUCAAUAGACUGCACACAAAGGCUCUUGCCAGAAGUAGUGAGCAGCACUGUGGUUUUAUUAGCUGUGCUUAAGCCAAAAGUGUGCAUUUGUUACAUUUGCCCAAACUUUCUGUCUUGCAGUUACAUUUCCUGCACAACCACAAUGUCUAGCCCACAAAAGCAAACUGUCAAAAUUCAAAGUUACCCAUCACUGGUACAAGCUGUUCACACAACUUCAAAGAUAAAGAUUAAACUGAAAGGUAGAAUACAGUGCAUGGUGCUCAAUUUAGGGUAUGACUUUGCACUUCUAUAAACAAUACUAUUUCCUAUUUAAAAAGAAAAAGGUUGUGUAGUAUUGUUUAUGUUUUUGACAUAAUUCUUUCUUGGUUUUUAUUUCCAACUUUUAAUGUGACAUAUUCAAAAAAAUUGUUUUUUUCAGUGAAUGCUUUAUUCCAAUAACCUUGUACAAUAUGAAAUUCUUUGAAACACUGCAUUAAAUUAUUACAGCAAAAUACAGCAAAUUCUGUUGUUAUGUAGGUCAUUCAUUAAGCAGAUCACUGUUACAAAGUGCCAAAUCUUGACUCAUCUUGCAAGAUAGUACCACAUUUUCACGUUUCAGAAAGUGUUUUUCUCUAUGCAAAGUAAUCCUUCAAAACUUGAAGAAAACUACAUAAAGAUAGAGUAUACUUAUUUACUGGACUCAUUGUACUGAUACUAGUUUCCAUUUUGAGGUUUUACUUUUCACUUUUAGAAUUUUUUUUAAUGUGAUUUAAUUUCCACUGAAAUCUUAACAUCUGUUAUACAGUAAGUCAGGUGUAGAUUGCAUAACACGGUAUUUUUUUGUUUCAUUCAAAAUCAAGCAAAAGCAAAUAAUACAAAUAACAAACACUGUUAUGCAGUAUGCACAAAUGAUUGGUCUUUUCGAUGAGUCCACUAUGCAGUAGUAGGUGUCUCUAGUCGAUAAAGACUACAGAUGUGCUACUCAGUACUUAGCUUUCAUUUCUGCUUGGAAUGCUUUUCAUGUGAGCAUUGCCUUUGCUGCCUGGUGAAUGUUAUUUAACAUUCUGAUGGAAUGGUCACUGUGUGCCUUGUUGUGAUGGCUGGAUUACUGGUUUAUUGUAUGAGUGCAUAUUGCAGUCUGUACACAGAGGUAGUUUUCAUUAUCUGAUUUGGGUAGUGAUGAACAGAUUUUAUUUUAAAUAAAGUCUAAUUUUGCAUUAUUCUACAUAAUGCCAAUGAGAUACAGUUUUGGCUCUUUGUCAGUAGACUGGGACUUGCCUUCCACAACAAGCAAAGAAAAAUGAUUGUGAACUGUUUUACCAAAUAUGUACUAAUGUAAAAACUCAAUGCAUAAAAAUUAAACACUACUAUUCUGUUUA